CAAGAAAGCUUUUCAAGGACUAAACUAGGCUGACGAAACACGCCGGCGAAGGAGAGCAACACUAAAGUCUCCAAAUAUGGCAUUUUCUUUUUCCACAUCGAAAGAUAAACCUGCUAUUGCUGCCUUAUUGACGGCAGAGUUUGCAGUGAAAGCAGGAAAGUCUGUCAAGAUAGAGCUUGGAAAUAGUACAACAUUGGUAGUUGAUAAGAACACUUCAUUCAGUUCGAACCACUCAAUCUGCCGAUUUUUGGCCAGAAGUUUUCCAGACCUUGGUAUUCAAGGAAAUACAGCUGUUGAAAAAACAGAGGUAGACCAUUGGUUGCUGUUUGCUCAAGGGAGAUUAUCAUGUGCUAAUGAUUUCACAUCAGCAGUUGUCUACCUUGAUACAGUGUUAGGACCAAUCACCUACCUAGUUGGUCAUUGUGUAACCAUUGCUGAUUUUGCAGUAUGGGAAUGCUUACAUAGUAAUAGUGCAUGGCAGAAGUUGUAUACCAGUGGAGAAGCACCAGUUAAUGUCAAGAGAUAUUAUAAAUAUUUAUGUGAACAACCUGUCUUCUCGUCCAUCAUGAAAAAGACGCCUAAGGUUGAAGUCAAAGGAGGAGGAGGAAAGGAUAAAAAGACGGAGUCAUCAAUCAAAAAAGAUGAAGGAAAGUUUGUUGACCUCCCAGGAGCAGAGAUGGGCAAAGUUGUGGUCAGAUUUCCUCCAGAAGCAAGUGGAUAUUUACAUGUUGGACAUGCUAAGGCAGCCCUUUUGAAUUAUUACUAUAGAGAGAUGUUCAAAGGAACGUUGAUUAUGAGAUUUGAUGAUACAAAUCCAGCUAAAGAAUCAUCAGAGUUUGAGCAGGUAAUAUUGGAAGAUGUGGCUAUGUUGGGUAUUAAGUAUGACAAGUUCAGUCACACUUCAGAUCAUUUUGACUUGAUGCUGGACUUGUGUACCAAGAUGAUUAAAGAAGGAAAAGCCUAUGUGGACAAUACUGAACCUGAGCAGAUGAAAAAAGAGCGAGAGGAAAGGGUAGAAUCAGAUAACAGGAAAAACAGUGUGGAGAAGAAUUUGAAAAUGUGGGAGGAGAUGAAAAAAGGAACUGAUUCUGGGCUGAAAUGCUGUGUCAGGGCAAAGCUAGACAUGCAGUCUGACAAUGGCUGUUUGAGGGACCCAACAAUGUAUAGGUGUAAAAAUGAGACCCAUGUAAAAACUGGUAACAAAUACAAGGCGUAUCCAACAUAUGAUUUUGCCUGUCCAAUCGUAGAUAGUAUAGAAGGUGUGACGCAUGCUCUGAGAACCACAGAGUACCAUGAUAGAGAUGAUCAGUAUUUUUGGUUUAUAGAGGCACUAAAACUAAGAAAACCCCAUAUCUAUGAGUACAGCAGAUUAAAUCUUCAGAAUACAUUACUGUCUAAGAGAAAACUGACCUGGUUUGUUACCGAAGGAAUCGUAGAUGGAUGGGAUGACCCUAGAAUGCCAACAGUAAGAGGUGUACUUCGAAGAGGACUUACAGUAGAGGGAUUAAAACAGUUUAUUGUAGCUCAGGGGUCUUCCAGGUCUGUUGUUAUGAUGGAAUGGGACAAGAUAUGGUCUGUUAAUAAGAAGGUCAUAGAUCCAAUUGUACCAAGGUACACGGCUCUGUUGAAAGACGAUGUAGUUCCUGUUAAGAUUAAAGGGGCGGAGGAGAGUAUGAAACAAGUUCCUAAACAUCCAAAGAAUGGAGAAAUAGGAGACAAGGAUACAUGGUAUAGUCCUCUGGUUUACAUAGAUGGCGCUGAUGCAGAGUUAAUAUCUGAGGGAGAAAUGGUAACAUUUGUCAACUGGGGAAACAUUAGUUUCACCAAAAUUGUCAAAGAAAAUGGAAAAGUAAAGUCUAUGGAGGCUGUUUUGAACUUGGAUAAUAAGGACUAUAAGAAGACUCAGAAGAUCACAUGGUUAGCUGUAACAGACAAGGCUCCAUUCAUUCCAUGUGAUUGUGUCCAGUAUGAUCACAUUAUAACUAAACCUAUACUUGCAAAAGGCGAGGACUUUAAACAGUAUGUCAACAGGAACUCUCAGCAAGACAAUGUAAUGUAUGGAGAUCCAUGUUUGAAAGACCUGAAGAAAGGGGACAUAAUCCAGCUCCAGAGGAGAGGAUAUUAUAUCUGUGAUCAGCCAUUUGAACCUCUGAGUGUCUUCACUGGAAAGUGUGGUCCAUGUGUACUUCUGAAUAUCCCAGACGGUCAUCAGAAAGAAAUGCCUACAGCUGGUUCUAAGCAUAAACAGGAAGGCAGUGCCAAAGAGAAAGCCCAGAGUAAGAAAGGUAAAGCAGCAGAAAAAUCACCAAAGGAAGAAAACCCUCCAUCAUCUAACCAUGAUGUAGUAGAUUUAUAUAACAGGACCAAAGCUCAGGGAGAAAGGGUCAGAAAUCUUAAGACUGAAAAAGCUAAAAAGGAGUUGAUUGAUACUGAAGUUAAGAUACUGUUAGCCCUGAAAGCUGAAUAUAAGGCUGCCACUGGUAAGGACUGGAAACCAGAUGAUCCACCAAAGGCCACACUGCCUGCAACAACAAGUUCUGUAAAAUGUGAUGCUGGAAAACUGAAUGAAGAGAUUGCAGCCCAGGGUAAUAAAGUCAGGGAUCUUAAGAGUGCGAAGGCUGCAAAAGCUGACAUUGAUGCAGCAGUGAAGGCUCUCAUGGCAUUGAAAGCUGACUACAAAACUGCUACUGGUUCUGACUGGAAACCAUGCUGUGUUCCUCCUUCCACUGGAACACCACCAGCUGCAGCAUCCACAGGAGGGUCUGCUGUUGAUAUCAAUAACAAAAUAGCAGCCCAGGGUGAUAAAGUCCGACAGUUGAAGUCUGAUAAAGCAGCUAAGGCUGACAUUGAAGCAGCAGUGAAGGCUCUCCUGGCAUUAAAAGCUGACUACAAAUCUGUUACUGGUUCUGACUGGAAACCAGGAUGUGUUCCUCCUUCCACUGGAACACCACCAGCUGCAGCAUCCACAGGAGAGUCUGCUGUUGAUAUCAAUAACAAAAUAGUAGCCCAGGGUGAUAAAGUCCGACAGUUGAAGUCUGAUAAAGCACCUAAGGCUGACAUUGAUGCAGCAGUGAAGGCUCUCGUGGCAUUGAAAGCUGACUACAAAUCUGCUACUGGUUCUGACUGGAAACCAGGCUGUGUUCCUCCUUCCACUGGAACACCACCAGCUGCAGCAUCCACAGGAGGGUCUGCUGUUGAUAUUAAUAACAAAAUAGCAGCCCAGGGUGAUAAAGUACGGCAGUUGAAGUCUGAUAAAGCAGCCAAGAAUGAAAUUGAUGAAAAUGUAAAGAUAUUAUUGGAUCUGAAAGUGCAAUACAAGUCAGCUACAGGCAAAGACUUAAAACCAACCCCAACCACUGUGACCCAAACUGCAGAGAAAAUGCCAGCAACUACUAAAGAUGCUUCAGAGCUCAAGACCCAGAUAGAUGCACAGGGUGAGAAAGUUCGCAAGUUGAAGUCAUCUGGAGCAUCAAAGGAAGAAGUAGAAAAAGAAGUGCAGACAUUGUUAAGUCUAAAGACAAAGUAUAAAGAACAGACAGGAGAAGAUCUGGCUGGAGGUGGUGGAAGGAAAGACAAAAAGGAUAAGAAGGAUAAGAAACCUAACAAAGAAAACAAACAGGAAACUAAAAAACCAGUACAAGAUGACAGUCAAAAAGACCACAAGAAAAUAACAAGGUUAGGUUUAGAAGCCAGAAAAGAAGAGAAUUUAUCUGAUUGGUAUUCACAGGUCAUUCAGAAAGCUGAGUUGAUAGAAUAUUAUGAUGUAAGCGGUUGUUACAUUCUCCGUCCAUGGUCAUAUUCUAUAUGGGAGUGUAUUAAGGAAUUCUUUGAUACAGGGAUAAAGAAACUAGGAGUGGAGAACACAUAUUUCCCUAUGUUUGUGUCCCAUGCAGCUUUGGAGAGAGAGAAAGCUCAUAUAGAAGACUUUGCUCCAGAGGUUGCCUGGGUAACAAGGUCUGGAAAAUCUGAAUUAGCGGAACCAAUAGCUAUUAGACCAACAAGUGAAACUGUGAUGUACCCAUCGUAUGCCAAAUGGAUAAAAUCUCACAGAGAUCUCCCAUUGAAGCUGAAUCAGUGGUGUAAUGUUGUGAGGUGGGAGUUCAAACAUCCACAGCCAUUUCUUCGAACCAGAGAGUUUCUAUGGCAGGAGGGUCAUACAGCCUGGUCUAAUAAGAAAGAUGCGGAGGAAGAGGUAUACACAAUCUUAGAACUUUAUGCCAGAGUUUAUGAAGAGUUAUUAGCUAUACCAGUUGUCCGUGGAAAGAAGACGGAGAAAGAAAAGUUUGCUGGUGGAGAUUAUACAACAACAGUAGAGGGUUAUAUCUCAGCCAGUGGAAGAGCCAUUCAGGGUGCUACAUCACAUCACUUAGGACAGAAUUUCUCCAAAAUGUUUGAGAUAGUAUUUGAGGAUCCAGAAACGCAAGAGAAACAAUAUGUUUACCAGAAUUCAUGGGGAUUGACCACACGUACAAUUGGUGUUAUGUGUAUGGUACAUGGAGAUAACACUGGUUUAGUCCUGCCACCAAGAGUUGCAUGUGUUCAGGUUAUAAUAGUACCAUGUGGUAUCACAGCUAACCUGUCUCUUGAAGACACAAAGGCUCUGAUGGAUAAAUGUACAGAGUUCAAGGACUUGUUAUCAGAUGGUGGCAUUAAAUGUAGAGCUGACCUCCGUGACAACUAUUCUCCAGGAUGGAAGUUUAAUCAUUGGGAAUUAAAGGGAGUUCCAAUCCGUUUAGAACUGGGUCCACGUGAUAUAAAGAACAACCAGUUUGUAGCAGUCAGAAGAGACACUGGUGAAAAAGUUACGAUGAAGAAUGAUAAUGCAGUCAGUCAGCUAAAGACAUUGCUAGACAAAAUACAAGAUAAUCUGUAUUCAAAAGCAAAGUCAGAUUUAGAUGAACAUUUAACAAUAGCUCAUGAUUGGACUAAUUUCUGUGAUAUGUUGGAUAAGAAAAAGAUUAUACAAGCACCAUUCUGUGGAAGGAUUGAUUGUGAAGACAAGAUCAAGAAGGAUAGUGCAAGAGAUGUAGUUGUAGAAGAAGGGGCACCUGCUAUGGGAGCUAAAGGAUUAUGUAUACCAUUCAAACAACCUCAGAAAUUACCAUCAGGAGCCAAGUGUAUACAUCCAGAUUGUAAAGACAAACCACAAUUCUAUACAUUGUUUGGACGAAGUUAUUAAAAACUUACAAGCUUUUAGAUCCAAAUACUUUGUUCAAUACACAUUUUAUAUUGCAUGUUUAGGUAAUAAUUAAAAGAAUCACAAUAUGUAAAGACUUCAACAUAGGCUAAGUAAAAAAAAAAUAUGUUAGUUUUGUUUGUCUUGCUAUUUAAGAUGAAGUUCAUUAUAUCAUAGUUUACAUUUUGUUCUACACUUUAAAUGGAUCUGCUGUUAAGUAUUAAGGUGUGAAUUGAGUAGAACACACACAGAUCUGAAUCCAAUAUACAAAGGAAAUUUCGUACUUUCUAUAAAAUUAUGAGAAUACUUAAUUUUUAGUUUAUUCUCAGCAAAAUUGACAGCUUAGGGAAAAUAUACCCAUUUAGAGACUAAAUUAUCAAUUAAAGUCAAAAUGAUUCAUUAAACCAUUCAAGCUUGAUAAGUGCAGUUAGAUUUGUUUUAUUUAUAGAAAGUUAUGACUGGAAUAUUCCUGCAUGAUUCUUUUAUUGUAGUUUAUUAUCUGUUACAAUUACUUCAGCUUCCAAUUGUGUCACAAAUUCAUGUAUUAAGCAAUAAACUAUAAACUUUUUAGAUAUUAUAUAAACUAUACAGACAUUUUGAAACUUUGCUUUCUUGAUAAAAAAUGGUUUUAUUUUGAAAUCCAAAUAUGGAAUGAGUAAGGCAUUGCUGUUACUUUUCCAAAUAAUCUACUUAUGUUGACAAAGAAUUAUGUUAUUUAUACUAUAUAUUUGAUAAGAUUGUUACUGUUAUAGAUUUAAGUCAGUGUUGUCAUACUACCAACAUUUCUUACCCAAGAUUGCUUUCUAAAUGAACUUUAAACACCAGACAAAUGCAUUUGAAACAUCACAAGGUUAUUUUUUAUGUAUAAUUCAUGAAAUAUUUGCCAUUGGACAUUAGGCAGACAACAAUCAAUCCAUAUAAUUAGUUUCCAGUAUUUGAAACCUUACACAGUUGUUUCUUGAUGUAUAACUGUUUUCCAGUUCUGUUUUACGGCAUAUAUAUUUUUUUUUGCAUUUAUGAAAGCUGCAGCACAUUAUUUUCUCUCUAAUUUAAAGUUAUUUUGAUAUGCAGAUUAUAUUAAGAUACUAUAAAUUCAGAAAUUAUUGCGAGGUUUUUAUUAAUGCGAAUAAUGCGAUUGAGUGAGUAUCGCAAUAAUAAGAACUCGCAUUCUGAUAUCUGAUAUAAAUAACUGUAUGCAGAUUUUCUUGCAAUCGCAAUAAUUAAUCUCACAUAUUUGUCCUUUCCACAAAAAUCGCAAUAAUAAAUGCACGCAAUAAUUUCUGAAUUUACAGUAUUCAUAGCCAUAUAUGUCAAAGUAGCUAUGGCAACAAGUGUUCUUCUGAUCAUGUUUAAAAAAGCGGCAAGUUGUCAACUUGAGUAUAACUGCAAGUGGUAAUUUAUUAAAAGAUGAAUCAAUAAAAAUUCAUACUCCG